AUGGCUUCAAUACCUGUCGUCGUGAAGCACCAAGGCAAAAAGUACACUGUCGACAUCGAUCCCUCCGCCACCGGCGAAGAUUUCAAGCUUCAGCUCUUCUCGCUUACCGAAGUCGAACCCGACCGCCAAAAGAUCCUCAUCAAGGGCGGGCAACUCAAAGAUGACGCCGAUAUGAGCAAGCUUGGGCUGAAGCCCAAUCAGACAAUCAUGAUGAUGGGCACUCCGGGCUCCAACGGCUCCGGCUUGGUGCGACCAAAGGAGACCGUCAAAUUCGUCGAGGAUAUGACGGAAGCCGAGCAGGCGCAGCAAGCAGGUGCCACGCCUGCAGGGUUGAUGAACUUGGGCAACACGUGCUACCUGAACUCGACUCUUCAGACGCUCAAAUCGAUCCCGGAGCUGCAGGACGCGCUGUCAACGUACAACACUAAGAAUGGAACCUUGAUGGGCGGUGCGCAGCUAGAUCUGGCCUCGCAGUUGGCGAGCCUGUACAAACAGAUGGGCGACACACAGGAGUCAUUCCCACCCAUGGGGUUUCUGGGCGCACUGCGAAGUGUGUUCCCACAGUUUGCAGAGCGUUCAAGGCAAGGAGAAGGAUAUGCUCAGCAGGACGCGGAGGAAGCCUGGUCACAAAUCGUCCAGCAGCUGGGACAGAAGGUCAAGGUCAAGGAAACAGACGACGCCCCCGAGAUCUCCUUUGUCGACAAGUUCAUGUCCGGCGAGUUUACGUCUGAGCUAGUCGCAGAUGAGGAGGAAGCCAGGAACAAUGAGCAGCCCGUCGUCAGUCGGGACCAGUUUGCCAAACUCAACUGCCAUAUCGACGGCAAGACGAACCACCUCCGCGAUGGUAUCCUGGCAGCUCUCAGCGAGAAGCUGGAGAAGAAUUCCGAGACGCUCGGUCGUGACGCCGUUUAUACCAAGACAUCGAAGAUUUCGCGUGCGCCCAAGUAUCUGACGGUGCACUUUGUCAGGUUCUUCUGGAAGCGCGAUUCGCAGAAGAAGGCCAAGAUCAUGCGAAAGGUCACAUUUCCCCAAGAGUUGGAUAUUGUGGAAUUCUGCUCGGAUGACCUGAAGAAGGCACUGAUCCCCGUCCGCGACAAGGUCCGCGAGAUCCGCAAGGAUGAGGAGGACCAAGAGCGCGCUAGGAAACGUCGCAAGAAGUCGCACGAGCAAGACGUAGGCGAUAUUGCCGGUGGCGCAGGUCUGCCGACCGAGAAGGAGAGGAAAGAGAAGGAAAAGAAGGAGCAAGAAAAGGCCGAGCGUGAGGGCAAGUCGAAAGAGAAGAAGUCUGGCGAUGGAGACGUUGUCAUGGGCGAAGGCGAGACGUUCAAGACCGAUGCGGAGGUGGAAGCUGAGCAGGCCGCUGCCAUCUUGGAGGCCAAGAAGGAGCUCAACUCUCUCAUUGACCCAGCGCUUCGUAAGGACGAUGGCGCCAACCAGUCGGGACUGUAUGAGCUCCGCGGCGUCGUCACCCACCAGGGUGGUAGCGCCGACAGCGGUCACUACACAGCCUACGUCAAGAAGGCUGCGCCUGUGGAUCCCAAGACUGGCAAGAGGGGCGAGGAGGAUGGCUUGUGGUGGUGGUUCAACGACGAGAAGGUCACUGAGGUCACAAGCGAUAAGAUCGAUGCGCUGGCCGGCGGUGGUGAGUCACAUUCUGCGCUGAUCCUGCUGUACAAGGCAAUUCCGUUGCCCACAGCCGAGGGCGUUAUCGAGUAA